GUGAGAGAGAGAGAGAGAGAGAGAGAGAGACAGGGCAGAGAGCAAAGCGGACUUUCUUUCGCGCUGGUAGAGAAGAUGAAUGUGAGCGAUGAGAACCUGCUCAAGUCCAUCAGCAACGACGCGCUCCUGGACCUGACGCAGCGCUACGGACAGUCCGCGUUCGGAUUUGGCGCUGGCCAUGGUGCUGGAAGUCCCGGCCGGUACCCGCUCACUCCGGCUGCCGAUUUCCUCUCGGGACAAGGUGCGAAGUCUAAUGAGAGCGGCGGGGAGCACACGAGCGACGACGAGGACGGCUUCGACUCGCUGGAGUCACGGAAGAGGGGCUCAUCCUUUGGGGACGACAAACCCGGGGGGCCCCUGGCCAAGAAGUCCAAGGAGCAGCGCUCCCUGCGGCUCAGCAUCAACGCCCGCGAGCGGCGGAGGAUGCACGACCUGAAUGACGCGCUGGACGGCCUGCGCGCCGUUAUCCCGUACGCGCACAGCCCGUCGGUGAGAAAACUCUCCAAAAUAGCCACUCUGCUCCUGGCUAAGAACUACAUCCUCAUGCAGGCUCAGGCUCUGGAGGAAAUGAGGCGGCUGGUGGCGUAUCUGAACCAGGGACAGACCAUUACGUCGCCGAUCCCCACCGCCCUGGCGCCUUUUGGACAGGCUGCCGUCUACCCGUUCUCGGGCUCUGCCAUCGCAACCUGUGCUGAAAAGUGCACGACUUACUCCAGCACGCCGUCGAGUCUCUUCAAACACUGUAACGACAAGCCUUAAUCCGGUUUCAUUCUCCUUUGCUGAACUUUUUACCUGCACCGUGUUAGUUUCUCCGCCACUCUAGUCAUUUGAAAUCAUUCUGUGGAAAAGUGAUUUUAUUUCUCAAUAAAAAU